AUGAUGUCGGAGCUGAAACAGGCCUGCAUUGUAUCGAAGAAAAAAUACGAAGAUAAAGGACCUAAGAUAAUCAGUGAAGUAAAGGCAUAUAGGCAAGAACAGAGCUUCCAAAAAAUACGUGAACAGAAGGGGGUACCUCACUUACAAUUUCCUGCUGGAAUGCUGCUUGCUCGUACUUUUGCAAGUCGUGCUAGAUUUUUAGGGAUUCCUAGUGCUUUGACUUCAACAAACCAAACAGCCGAGGCGAGUUCCACAUUGCCCGAUCUGGGACCAAAUUCAUCAAAUGAAAACGGGGUGAAUGACCCCAUUUCUCAAAAAACAAAUAGCAAGAACAACGCCGAAAUAAACUAUGAGGGAGAAGACGUAUUGCUGGGACAUUGCAGACGCUAUAAAUCGUUUUGUGAUCAAAUAUUAGAAGAACCAAAGGAGUUGAUGAGAGUUUUUGAUGAUCAUGAAAAACGUCAAAGUAACCUCGACGAAUUGGAUCGAAUGCUACUUACUCUUGACAAAUGUAUCAAUGCGUUAAAUCGGUUACUAAAACAUUGGAAGGAAAUCACAAACAUGUUUUAUUUUUUUCAUGUUAUGCUCGAAGAAAAUCUUAAAGAAGACGGGCGACGUUUUGGCGUUUUGGUUGUAACUGCAGAAAUUGAGUCGCAGUGGCUUAUUAGGGACUACAAAAAAAACGAGCAAAUUGCUCAACAGAUGAAACGUAUUUCUAGUCUAUACGUUAAAAUUUCGGAAACGUAUUUACUAGAUGGAUUGAUUCAUCUGCAACGUAUUGAUAGUUUGGAACCAAGCACAGACCGGGAAAAGAUGGAAGAAAUAAAAAAAGAAUUACAAGAUGACCAGAGAAGAGCAAGAAGUGGCAUCUUAGCACUUAAAGAAAUGGAAGAAAAUUGCGAGAGAGAUUUGCAGGAGAUUGACUCAUCUGAUUUUCACAAUAGUUAG